AUGCGCUCUUUCGCCUUUGCCGCGAAUUACGUCUUCCAAGGUUAUAUGGUCCGGGAGAGACUACGGGCAGAGCUCAGGCAGGUUCUGCCCACACCAACGAGCACCGCUACGUGGGAGGAACUGGAGAAGCUUCCGUAUUUGCGGUUAUUCGGUUGCCGCGCGUGGCACCAAAUGAAGUCCUACUAUAAUGAGCAUGUCAUUCCUCCCGGGUACGAACCCUCGUUGCAGACCCCAAUGAGCACCUCUAUCUACUUUGUCCACCACAAUCCGGUUAUAUCCCCGGAUCCACACAACUUCAACCCUGAACGGUGGUUCAAGGCAUCGGAGGAUUUCAACCUCAGAAAGUACCUGGUGCCCUUUACAAAGGGCAGUCGCAAGUGUGUUGGCGUGAAUCUGGUAAUCAUGGAAAUUUAUCUGACAGUUGCGACCUAUGUUCGUCGCUUUGUCUUGGAAAUCCAGAGUGUGGAUCCGGGGAACAUCCGUGUCGCGCGCGAUCGAGUGGUUGGCUUCCCGGAGACUGGCACCCUUCAGAUUUGCGCCAAGGUGAAGAGCACCAUACAAGUCUGA